AUGCGAGGAUAUGAUCUCCUAAUGGCAAAGCGUCUGAAGCCAGCGAAAUCCCUUCUCGGUGGCUACGACAGCGAGAACCGCAAACCAUUGGGUCACUUCAAGCGUGAGCGCGACGUCCAUGGUUCGAGUCCUGGGUCGGCUCCAAGGCUUGGGGGCUCACAAGGGCUCCAGUUACCUGGGCCAGAGCAUACAGGGGUUAUGCUGCUGGCUGCAGGCCGUGUCAGGGCCAGUGGUUAUGCCAGAGGGCCUCUGAACCAGCUGGCUAACUGA